CCGCCUCCGCGCCCGGGAGCCCCUGGGCUCCCGGCAGCGGCCCCGCCGAGUCCGCGGAGGAGCGGCGGGCUGGCGAUGGAGCCCGGGAGACCCCGGGCGAGAGGAGGCGGGGUGGCGGAGGCGGGGAGAACGCGGGGGCGGCGGCUGGCAGGGGGCGCUGGAGGCAUGAGCCGCCCGUGCGCUCCCGGCGCCCGCGGGUGCAGGAGGCCCUGAAGCCCCGCGAGCCCCGCGAGCCUCGGGGCCAGGCGGCGGCGGCCGGCGUAGGGGUCGCCGCGGCCGCCGGGGCGGCGCCGACUUCGGCGCCUUUGUUCUCGCGCCCCUCGCCGCCCACUCCCCUACUGCGGCGCGGCGGCGGCGCCCCUCCCGCCCGAGGCGGGCGGGCUCGACGCCGGGGGCGGCUGGGGGCGGGGGGAGCGCGCCAGCCGCCGGAGCCGGGGGCGAUGGCGAAGCUCCGGGUGGCUUACGAGUACACGGAAGCCGAGGACAAGAGCAUCCGGCUCGGCUUGUUUCUCAUAAUCUCCGGCGUCGUGUCGCUCUUCAUUUUCGGCUUCUGCUGGCUCAGUCCCGCGCUGCAGGCUCUGCAAGCCACGGCGGUCAACUGCACGGUGCUGUCGGUGCAGCAGAUCGGCGAGGUGUUCGAGUGCACCUUCACCUGUGGCGCCGACUGCCGCGGCACCUCGCAGUACCCCUGCGUCCAGGUCUACGUGAACAACUCCGAGUCCAACUCCAGGGCGCUGCUGCACAGCGACGAGCAUCAGCUCCUGACCAACCCUAAGUGCUCCUAUAUCCCUCCCUGUAAGAGAGAAAACCAGAAGAACUUGGAAAAUGUCAUGAAUUGGCAACAGUACUGGAAAGAUGAAAUUGGUUCCCAACCAUUCACUUGCUAUUUUAAUCAAUUUCAAAGGCUGGUCACAGGACAAAACAAUCAGAAUCUACUUCUGAGGAUAGGCAGUGUCUCUGAAUUGGGCAGAGAGAGAGUGUCCACGUGUGUAGAGACAGAAGCAAGCUGGUGGGAUGUUGUGGACCAGCCAGAGGGGCCGGCUACAAGGCAUGGAGUUCUCUAAAGGCUACCGCCCCCAAACACAGCUGCCAUGAAUUCUGAAUAUCCUGAGUGCCUGACGAGGACCAUUCUGCCGGCAUAGUGAGAGCUAUCUGCUGAACACCACUCCUACGUCAUACACCAGCUGGGUUAACUUUAGUGACAGUAAAUGUCAGCCCACUGUACCUCAUUCCGAAUGGAUCCCCAUUCCCUAUCCAUCCGCUCACCAUCCCAUUCCCAAACUGUCGGGGUGUAGGAAGAAGUGGGGUUGGUCUAUCACAACCCAGCAGCACUCAAAACACGAUGUGAAGUGACUCCAGGAAGUCACAGGUUUGGAGUUUGGCUCUUUUACCAUGACAUAUGCAAGGGGAAACAAACGUUCUGGUUGGAGGUGUGAAAAGUGGCAGCUCUCUGGUGCCAUCCACUCUUAGUAGACUUUUUACUACUGCUAAAUAUGCAAUAAAAAUAGAAUUACUGUAGAGACUCCCAGAUGCUCUCUAUAAGAUGAACUUUAUAUUUAAAGUAACCUUUAGAUUUCACUCAAGUGCAGGAAAUGAAGGAAAAUAGUUACCAAGAAGUUUCCAUUUUUAAGAAAAGGAUGUUCAAAAAUCUUAGACAAAGGUUGCUGAGUCUUAGCUCUCCACUGUUCAAGCAUUAUUUAGGAGACCUACACUCUGGAGUAGAUUGCAGUGGCCAGAACCACUGCCAAGAGCCACGCCUGCCAUGGAGGCCAGUCCCCACGGUCAGUCACGCCUCCUCCUGUCACCCAGCAGGGAAGCCAUCACGCCAACGGCUCGCUUGGCAAGCCCGGCACCAACUGCUUCUAUUCACGGCCUCCCUGCACAGCCAACCUCUCUGCUCCCUGAGGGCCACAGUCUUCUUCCAAUGUACAGAUUUUUUUAUGUAAGAUCACACUUACCCCCUUCUACCAUUCUUUUUUUCCUCUUAGCCUGUCCCUGGCUCAUCCUUUCUCAGGAAACCCAACUCAUGCCCUCUUACUGAGUAUGCUUUGGAGUCCUCAUUCCAUUGCCAGGAACCUCUGGAGUCUCAGUCUUUUCAUACAACGCUCCUUUGUCUUUGCAGUAACUGGCUUCCCCUGGAGGAGGGCGAGUCUCUGGAAAAUGGCCACUCAUUGCUCAACUCCCUCUGGGUCUACGGGCCAGGAGGCAUGAUCAGUCUUUAUGUUUUGAACUUUUCCUCUUAAGGAGAGCAGUCUGUUUUUCCAUGCAGAUUUACUUUUUAAUAGUUUGUUUUAUCCUUCUGAGUGGAUCAUAGUUCACAGAGUACACAGAGCAAGCUUACAUACAUACACACAAUCGUCAAAUGAACAAAUCCAGCCACACCUCCUCUGAAGUCUUGAAUUUAUCCUCUUGGUUCAGAUGCUCACUGCUCCCAUGGACUGUUGACAUAAUCCUCAGCUGGUCUUUCCGUGUUGGCCUUUCUCUCCUCCAUCACCUGCACUGCACUAGGUUUUCUUCCUUUAGUUAAGCCUGUAUUUGAUCUUGUCACAGUCCUUGAUAACAUUUUGCUUCCUUCUUAUUGUCCAUAGGAUAAAGGCCAUGCCCUUCUAAUACCAACCUCACCUUCUGCUACUUAAUUAUGUGCCAGUCAUGGGGAAACAUAAACAAACCAGCGAG